AUGACAGAUGUGAGUGUCGUCUUAUCGUUACAGAAUACGGUAGCAAGCUAUGAGCAGCUUCAGGAGACGCCAUCGCAACGAGAUGGAAUCAGUAAAGAUUUUGAGAUGGAUUUGCGUGCUUUUGGAUGCGAACUGAUUGAAUCGGCGGGAAUCUUGCUUAAAUUACCUCAAGUAGCAAUAUCAACUGCAGAGACAUUAUUCCAUCGAUUUUAUUAUACUUCUUCUUUGAAAAAGUUUGGAAUUCGAGAUAUGGCAAUGGCAUCCAUAUUCCUUGCCUCAAAAGUGGAAGAAUGCCCGAGAAGGUUAAACCAAAUCAUCUUGGCAUUCCACUAUUCAGUAUCCAAAGCUCAAGGAGUCGUCAAUUACAAGACGCCAGAGAACAUGUUUGCUUCCGUCUCCUUGGAUAUGAAGGAAGGCAUGAUAAUGGGUGAAAUCAACAUCCUGGCCAAAUUGGGAUUCAAUGUUCGCGUGGAACAUCCCUACGGAUAUAUGAUUAACUAUCUGCAGAGUCUCGGGCUAGCUGAUGAUGAAGAGUUUUCGCAGAUGGCGUGGAAUUACUUGAACGAUAGUUAUCGAACGAAUGUGUCGGUAUGCUAUCAGCCAUGGACUAUAGCUUGUGCCGUAAUAUACCUGGUUGCCCGUAAAAGAGCUGUACCAUUGCCUCGGCAUCCACCAUGGUAUACUCUAUUUGAUGCUGACAUUGAAGAUAUGGACAACAUUGCUGGGCAUAUCAUGUGCCUGUAUCAAAGACCAACCGUAAAGAAUCUUCCGGUGACGGUAUCAGAACUGAAUGCGUAUCUUGACAAACUGACAUCUCCGAAAACAUCAAACGGAGCAUCCGUACAACCGCCACAGGAAGCCCGAGAGCGUGACUCGCCUCGUCAACGACCGAGGUCUAGAUCACGAGAGAGGGACAGUAGGAGUAGACGAAAAUCCCCACCACGUAAAAGAUCACCAGAUCAGUCUCGACGAUCCGAUGAUCGACGUGAUUACAAUCGUGAUUCUGAUCGUAGGGACUAUCGUCGUCGUGAUGACUAUGAUAGGGAUUACAAUCGGCGGUCACGUUCACCGCGAGGCUGA